AGCUCUCCUGAAAUCGGAGCAGCCCAACGGCCGAGCUACGUCAGGCGGGGCCCACGUCACCUCCGCUCCCAAAUUGAAUCCGUUCCGCUCCCUUCGUCGGCGCGUGCGCUGUGUCUUCUUCCAGUUCCCCUCCCUGCGAUUCCUCUCCACUCGCCUCGGCCCCGCGCGCGGCGCUCCCAGCAAAUUCACCAUGGCUGGCGGUUCUCACGCGCCAGGCCAAGCCGGAGACCCGCCGAACCACCGCAAGCGCAAGGCCCCUGUCCCCACCGCAGCCGCGGGCGACGAGGCGGAGGCGGAGGCGGAGGCGCACGCGCUGGGGAGGGAGGUCGAGGAGCUGGAGGAAGGGCUGGCCGAUCUGGACCGCCGCGUCCUCGAGCACCUCCGCAGCACCGCCACCCGCCUCGCCGAUGCCGCCGUCGACCGCCUCGCCGCGCUCCGCCCGCCCGCCUGCCAGGAAUUUCCAGCAGUCUCUGAAACAUCAAGUUCAGAAGAUCAAGAGCAACUUCAUAAAAAACUAAACAUCCUCAAAUCCAAGAUCGAGGCUAAUAUUGCAGAUUUGCCUAAGGUACUUGAGAAAAUGCAUGAAUCUGUCGCUCGCUGUAAGAACUUGGAGAAUUUGGAUGUGAAGAUCCAUCCUAUUUUUCAAACAAGAUGCUUGUAUCAUGUUUGAGACCUUUUGAUUUGGCAUUGUAGUCAGGGAUUGAUCACUGGCAGGACAGCCAAAGUGUUGGAUGUAAUGUGUUCUGUAGGUUUAUUUGAUCAGAAAGCAUUGGAUCUAAGUUCUCUAGUUUUAGUGCUGACCAUUUUGUUGCGCGAAAUAUCAUAGCAGCACUAUUCAGAGGAGGCUUCUUGUAAGUACAAACUGGAACAGAAAGAUUCAGCAGAACUGCAGAAGCAUUUGGUAAAAUGUAAGAUUCUUGGAAUUUUUGUACAUAAAGAUUGAAUUGCUGCUAGAGUGACAGGACAAUCACGAGUAGGUUGGUUACGGAUGUGUAUUUGUCCAGGGCGCACUGUGUAAAGUAUUUAUUGAAGGAAAAUUGUAUGGCCUCUUGAAUUUCUAGUGGCAGAACUAGUUUUGGAUUUGAAAUUCUAUACAAUAAAUGGACCCCUUGUUUUA